GACGUCAUCAAGGUCUCCCACGGACACAUUAGAAGUCCGAACUACCCCACCAACUACACCAACAGUCUCGUGUGUACAUGGAGGAUCCAGGGUCCGGUCGGCACCUUCAUAAGUGUCAGGAUCUCGGACAUGAAGCUGGAGCCCCACGCCCAGUGCUCCUACGACUCCAUCCAGUUCCUUGAUCUAGCCGACAGCCAACAGUCGUCAGGACUCUACUGUGAGCAGACGUCACUAGAUUGGAGGUCAACCAGCAACGAAGUCCAGGUUGUGUUCCGUACUGACCACAGCGUGACGUACCGCGGGUUCAAGGGGGAAUUCUUCGUCCUAUACAAAUGUGAUUCGACAAUAACCCGACCCUGGGGGUACAUAGAAAGCCCGGGGUACCCGAUACAGUACGCCCCCAACACGGUAUGCUCGUGGACUAUCGUGGGACCAGCAGGCAGCAAGAUAUCUUUACGGACCAUCAAGCUCCAACUUGAGACCCACUCAGUGUGCCAGUACGACUACAUGCAGGUUCUAGACGGCAGCGGGGUCAGGGCCAUCAACCUGGGCCGCUACUGCAACUCGGAGCCCCCCGUCCUACAGACGACAUCCAACAUCAUGCAGGUCAGCUUUAGGGCUGACGGCUCUGGCGAGUUCAUGGGCUUCAGUGCUCUGUACAGCAUCAUAGGUAGAGGAAACGAGCAGGUGUGUGACGAUGCCAGCCAGUGUCCACAGAACAAAUCCUGCAUCAGCGGCUACUGCGCUUGCGCCUCGACCACCUUCUUCCAGAACUCCACCAACCAGUGUACAUCGAGGUUUACCCGCUAUGAAAGCUGUACAGAAAAUGGGCAGUGUAAACAAAGUUUAUUGUGUAGAAACGGCGUGUGUAACUGUUCUACUGACCAGUAUUUUAAUGUGACAUCACAGCAGUGUUUGACACGAUUAUCCCGAUUCAUCAGUUGUAACGAGAGUUCUCAGUGUAAAGCUACCUUAAGCUGCAUUCACAAUCAAUGCAACUGUAGCGAUGACGAGUAUUAUAAUGGAACCACUGCACACUGUCAUGCGAGUACGUAUUACAAUAAAAUCUGUAUCCUGUACAAUUGUAUAGUGAGCCUGGUCUAG